UAGGCGGUUAGACAAGAAACCUGCAGAGAUUCGAUGGUGUUCGCGGUCUUAUUAGGAUUUCCACUCGAGCGGGCGUGUUGCGAUGUGAUCAUAGAGAAUUAGUGUUGGUGAAUAAUGUGUUUGAUGUUCCGAUGUGAUUCAAUUAGGUGAAUAUCUAGAUCAUUUACAGAGUGGUAUGCAUUAUUAUUGUUUUUUUAUAUGCGAAAAGAUGUGUUAGCAAAACAUUGUUUUUAUGAUCGUGAGAUGUUUCCUGAUUUGUGAAAUCCUAAUUUCUUGAAACCAAUUCUUAGAUGAACUUGUGAGAAUAAUAUGCAGACUUUGGACAAAAUUGAUUUUUGUGGAAGUAUUUAUAGUGAUUUUUUGGGACUUGUCGCAACGAAGAAAAAAUCAAUUGAGAAUUCUAUAUAGGUAGAGACAGCCCAACAUGGUGUGUAAGUUGGUGACCUUGGCCAUUAUCUUAUAUUCCUUCAACGGAUCCGAUGGUAUAAUCCACAGCAAUCCCAGAAGUUUUGGAAAACCUCCCAAAUACUUUGAUCCGGAAUAUACAAUAAACAAAGUUUCAUUGACUCAAAGAGGUUAUAUACAGUUCCUGAGAUAUAUUACUGAAGUACCUCCAUUGACUGAAUAUACAUUCUGUAUAUGGAUGCGGAGUCACAAUUUGACACACAAUCAUCCUAUUUUAUCAUAUUCAAAACAUGAGGAAGAAAGACGUAUAAGAGUAUGGAUCAGUCCAUAUGGGAAGAAUGUAAACCUCGAAAUCCUAAACCAACAAGUCUUCGAGGUACCCGUGAACUUAGUGGAGGGACAUUGGUAUCAUAUUUGCCAAUCAUGGUCUUCCAAUCAAGGUGCCUGGCAUCUCUAUUUCAAUGGUAAAUUGAAAUCGAGUGGGAUUUUCCCCAAGUUGCGCGGAGCCAUUAUCCAAGGUGGUGGAGACAUCGUCGUCGGUCAGGAAUACACUGACUUUGACAAAGGUCUAGAAGAUGGAAUAGAAGGAGAUAUUUUUGGAUUCAACUUCGUGUUAUCUUCAAGCUCGAAUUAUUUCAAACAGGCCAACUUUAUAUCCAAGAAGCAGUAUGAACCACCCAGAAGAACAAACUCGUAUGGAGGAUUAUCGUACGAAAAACAUCAGCAAUUGUAUCCUAUUAGUUCGGUUGGUCCGGAAUUAACUACGGAGAGCCUAGGCCAGGACACUACCACUUCAAAUCAAGUGCAGCUAGAUGAAGUACCAGAUGUAGUGAGCUACCUUGGUGCCCCAGCUAAUCGGGAUCCGAAAGGACUCCUGGACAUUUUCAGGAAUACCUUCGAUUUCUUCGAUGAAGAACCUACUAAAAUAAAAGUUGUGCAAGUGUUGAAACCAAAGCGACAGACUUUCUACAACCCUCUCCAGAGGUCGAGUCCCUCAAGGGUAUCGAACGAUAUAAGUGAGGUUAGGAAGCCGCUUGGGCUACUACUGGUGGAGAUGAGUUUUGAUUGUGGUUUCAAAAAAGGUGCGCCUCUUAAUGGAAAAGGGGUGCUGAUUAAUUGGACAAAGUCGCCUGUGAGGGUCUUUGGUGGAGCUAUUUUGAAAAGUGUACCUCCGUUUUGUUAAUAAUAAUGGGUCUUUUCAAUGAAGAAAAGGAGAGAUGAAAAUAAUUUUUAUAAAUAUAGAAAAUGUUGGUGGUGAAACGACCAAUGAGUGAAACUGAUGAUGCUCAAAAAACUAUUUUAAAUAUAUUUGAAAUACAAAUGGUAACAUGAUUGAAAGCUUAUUUUCUUCAGUUGGGUGAUUCUAAAAGCAAGUGUAACUGCCAAAAUGAUGACUGUCAGUUAGCAGUCAAAUCAACAUAUUAAAUAAUGUAUCGUGGUUCACAAAAAACAGUACAUAAUUUGAAAAUGAGAAGAUAACAUUGCUGUAACCACUCUCAUUUGAAAUAAACGUUGGAUUUUUGGAAAGAAAAUAACAGAUGUACAAUACGUUUUGGAAAAAAGUGCAACCACAUUUUAAUAUUUCACUUUCACUCCUGCUCAGAAUAAAAAAUAAAAACCUAGAGAAACCAUUGAAUGAAAAUAUACGGAUUUACUCGAAAAUAGGUAAUUGAAUCGUGAUAGCGUUUUUGGUCUGAAUUCCUUUCACCUUUCGAUUUGUGAACAGCAUGAGGAUAAUUCAUUUAGUCCAAGUCCUAGUUGAAGUAACAAAAAUAUCUCUUUUCUAUUUAUUAUUUAUACACGUAUUUGUUAUCUAUGGAGUAUACUCUUCAAUUCAAA